AUGGAAAGUCCUGAUUACUGUGAGAUAAACUCAAAUAUGACUCUUGACUACAUAAACCGACUAUUAAUGGAGGACACUGAUGAGAAGGCCAGCAUAUACCAACGACAUGAUGCACUUCAGGCCACGGAGAAGCACUUUUAUGACAUUCUUGGACAGGCAUAUCCAUCAUCACCUAAGAACACAAUGAUCCGUACAGAGAGUCAUAUAGAUUGUCCCCAAGAUAGUAGCAACAGUUAUACCGAACGGGCAGGCAGUGGUAGCUUUGCCAGUGAUAUUCUUGGGCCACAGGGUAUGCAACUUGUUGCCAAUGAUUGGGCUUCCGAACGUGAUCGUUUGUCUUCACAGUUUCACAGAGGUGCUGAGGAAGCAAAUAAGCUUGUUCCCAGUAUUGAGAGGUUGGUGUUUGAUCUGGAUAGUAAUGGCCUUUCUGAUUACAAUCAAAUGAUUGGGGCAGCAAUUGGACAAAAAAUCAAGCAUGUAAACAAAAUACGGAAUCAUCCUCAUGCAGACUUGGAGUUGUUGGAAGCGAGGAACAGUAAGCAUUUGGCCAUCUCGUCUAGUGAAACAAUUCGGGAUGAGACGUUUGAUAGGGUUCUGCUCUGUGAUUGGGAGCUUCAUAGUGCUGCUGCCUACCUUAGAGAAAUGAAGGUGAAAGAAGCAAGAAACAGUCAACAGAAUGUUCAAAGAACAGGAUAUGGCCAAGGGCAAGUGAAGUCACGAGGUAAGAAGAAAGAAGAGGGGAUUGACCUCAGGGCUUUUCUCAUCCAGUGUGCACAAGCAAUAGCUUUUAACAACCUUCCAUUUGCUGGUGAGCUACUGAAGAAGAUAAGGCACGGCUGA